AUGGGGGGGAACGGCCCGAGUCACUUGGCCCCGGGAGAGGAAGCAGGAGGAGUGACUUUUGUGAAGGGCAUUCGGCUUUCAGACCGAGUCAUAAACCGAAUGAGGCAGUCUUCAAACAGCAUCACUCCUCCAUCCCCACAGAGUGAAGCAGCUAAACCUGAAACACCCCCUACGGCUAUCCAGACUGCUCCAUCAUUGGACACUGCACCGGCCCUUGUACUGUCCCUCACUCCUGAUGACACGCCUCCGGUUCUGUCGAUCGAAUCUCCACCCGAAACUCCACUCACGCCUCUUGCUUCAGUGGAACCAGUUGUAGUGCCAGAAGAGACCCCCGCAGAGGCACCAGAACUGGCCCCUCCCUCUGAACAGCCCACGCCUGUUGAAGAAGUGCCGGUUAGCACAGCGGAGUCCCCAGCAGAAGCGGUCCCUCUUGAGGUGGUUGAGGAUCGACUGAGGCAGAAGAUUAAAGCUGAGUUCGAGUUGAGUUUGGAGGAAGAGAUCAGUAAGAGAAGAGAAGCCCUACAAAAACAGUUGGAGGAGCUGAGAGGGCUCGCCAUCGCUGAAGCCGAGGCCGCGGCUCAGGCCCAGGUGGAGCAGCAGGUGAAACGGACCCUGGAGGCGGAGAAGGCGGCGUACAUGGAGAACCUGACCCAGUCCAUCGCCAAGGAGCGCAUCAAGACGGAGGACGAGAAACUGAUGGUGCAGCUUUAUUGGAUGGAGCUUAAGGCGCAUAAGCUGGAGAUCAGAGAGGAAGAGAUGAAGAAACGAGACGCGCUCUACAAGGAACACAUUGCAAAACUAGAAUCGAAGUGUUCCCAGUUUUACAAAGUGACCGCUGACAGUUUCAAGAAAAGCAAAGAGGAGACACACAAUCGUUUUCAACGUUUUAAUAUCCAGCCGGUGUGUGGGGAUCUACAAAGUCAGAUCCUGAAGUGUUAUCAGGAAAACCCAGGGAAAUCUCUGUCCUGCUCCAGCAUUGCCUCUGCCUACAUGCAGUGUGUGAACAAAGCCAAGGUGGACAAAAUGAGCACCAGAGGCUGA